CGAAAGUGAGUGUAACAAUAUCCCACGGCUGUAUAAAACAAGCUGAUUUCCGAACAAUUUCAAAUCGCUUUCGGAAGACAAGAUCGACAAACUAAGGAGGUGGACUCAAGAUAAAGCAGAUAAAAAAUGAAGCUCCUCGUUUUGCUAGCUGUGGUUGCCUUCGCCAUCUAUGUGGAGGCUAAAGAUUCGAUGCACUUGGUGCGUAAGGACGGGCAGCAGUAUAUGAUCCCGUCUGAAGAGGCGGCGAGAAGUGCAUGCACGGCCAAGGGCAUGGUGUUGGCAACUGAUGCUCAGAUGCAUGCUGCCUAUGAUUCUGGAUACAGCCGAUGUUCCUGCGGCUGGAUUGAAGGUGGAAAAGUUGCAUUCUCUUCGCAUGAAGAUAGCAGCGGCUGUCUUCAUAAAACUGGGGUAGUCUAUUGUAAACCAACUCCUCUUGGCUGGGGCUGGGCAGGGAAAGAAGGCUGGGAUGCAAACUGUGUCCUUCACGAAUUGGAACCGUUCGCCGGCUGCAAGGGCAAGGCUAAUGGUGACUACGCCGAUCCACAAGACUGCACCAUCUUCCACACCUGCUCCAACGAAAUAGACUACAUCAUGCCAUGUCCCAUCGGCCUCUACUUCGACAAGGACACCAAGCAAUGCGAUUAUGAGGACGGCAAAUGUCAUUAGACCGACUAUUCUGUAUCUGAGCGUCAUUUGAAAGAAUAAACUGACCAGAAACAAUAACACUA